GGUUUGGUCUCUCUGACCCUUUUCCUCUGCUCUCGCCGCUGGAACCUGACGGAAAAACCCUACCCCGCCGUCGCCCCAUCGUCGAACUUCCCGAUGGCGUCGAGAUGCGCGGCUAGGCUUCCACACCCGCAGUGCGCGGCGCCGCAGCACGUUUGGGCGAGCUCGCGGGUCUCGGCACGCCCGGCGCAAUCCGGCGCGUCAAGAGGGCGUGCCGUCGCCUGCGCCGUUAGCUUCAGGCCAUGUAUCGACAUUCACAAGGGGAAAGUUAAACAGAUUGUUGGCUCUACUCUCCGGGAUGCAUCGGACGAUGGCACGGCACUAGUGACAAACUUUGAAUCAGACAAGUCUCCAGCAGAAUUUGCAAAUAUUUAUAAAGAAGAUGGACUUGUCGGUGGACACGUAAUAAUGCUUGGCGGAGACCCUGCAAGCCGUUCUGCUGCCCUGGAAGCACUACAUGCAUAUCCUGGUGGUUUGCAAGUUGGAGGUGGAAUAAAUUUGGAGAAUGCAAUGUCAUACCUUAAUGAAGGAGCAAGUCACGUGAUUGUAACUUCUUAUGUGUUUAGUGAUGGCAAAAUGAACAUUGAAAGGCUAACGCAACUUGUCGAGCUUGUUGGGAAACAAAGGCUUAUUUUGGACCUGAGUUGUCGAAAAAAGGAUGGCAGAUAUGCCAUUGUGACUGACAGAUGGCAGAAGUUCAGUGAUGUCUUUGUGGAUGGGCCAACAUUAGAACGUCUCGCUGCAUAUGCAGAUGAGUUUUUGGUUCAUGGAGUUGAUGUGGAGGGCAAAAGGUUAGGAAUUGACGAGGAACUUGUGGAACUAUUGGGAAGCCAUUCACCUAUCCCUACAACAUACGCUGGUGGUGUGUCAACGAUGGACGACCUGGAGAGGAUCAAGAAAGCAGGCAAGAGCCGAGUCGAUGUCACUGUCGGGAGCGCCCUAGACAUAUUCGGGGGAGAUUUGCCCUACGACACUGUUGUCCAUUGGCACAAGGAGCAAAACCUGGUUAGCCAACGGUGAAGAAAUCAGAUGAUCCUUUUAUAGAGCAUGAUCAAAAGUUCAGAGCUCAUGUGUGAUCCCCACCUGACCAUAGGUCAGGUUAUAGAGCUUUGUUGUUUGCUGGACAUUGUAGUGUGAACAUUGUGUGUGUCUUGUGUGACAUGUCAAAGCUGAAGCGGAGGUGUGAACUCGGUGUGGUAGAAGACCACUCGGUAUUCAGAUACUGUUCUUCACAUUCUGUUUGUAUUGUGGUACUGGUAAUGAUGAAUAAACAGAGGUUGAACUGCAGAAGUGUACCAAGCCA